AUGCACAACGAGUCCUCAGUGGAUCUGGCGGAUGCCGCAGAUGACUUUCCACCCGGCGUUGUGGAAAAAUGCCUCAGCGGACUUGAAUCAAGGCCUCAAUGGUGGACAAGUUACAGCAAUAGUAGACAGAAUGCCAUUGUAAUAUGCCAGGCGGCACGCGUUGAAACAGAGAAGGAGGAACUACUCAACCUACACCUGUCUCUCGCAAAAAACACGGCGAGCAUCAAUUCUGCCUUGCGCGAUGCUGUUUCUGAGAAUGCUCAACACAAGGCCUUUGUGGAAACAGUAUACAAGCUAAGAAAUCAGCUAACAACGGAGCUUCAGGAAGACCGCAGUCGGUUGAAAACCUUAUUCACCAGUCUUCUCCAUGACUUCGAAAGCGCUGUAGGUGCCAGCGUUUCAAAGGCCCUUUCACACCUAAGAGACGUCGAAAUAGACAGUACUUCCCUAAGCCAGGGGAUGCGACUUUCCGUCACAGACAUUUCCCAUCUACGAGAUCAAAUAAACGAAAUAUACACCCAUGCCGAACGCCGCAAUAUUGAGUUGAAAGAUUUGCACGACAAAGAUACAAGGGACAUCGAAUCCAACCAACAGCUAGCCCUUUCGGUGCAAUCUUCGCUGAACAAUCUUCAGGAGAGGAUCGCUGGUGUGGAUGGAGCUCUGGAAUGGUUGGUCGGACGUUUUGCAACAAUCUACCAGCAAGAAACGCUUAUUCUAGAGCGCUUACACGCAUUUGAAACGCACCUGAAUAAAUCUGAGGUGCAGGCAAGAGAACUGCUCAAAACUCAAACCGUGCAUGCCAGAGCCAUUGAAUCACAGGCCCAGGCUCAAGAGGCUCUAGGCGCGAGCGCCAAAGUGGUGUUUGCGAUACUCGAAAAGCUCACUACUCGCGCAGCCAACCUUGAGACUAUCUUGGAGGAAACAGCGGACAGAUUCAACGACCUACAACAUCUUGACGGCCUCUUUGGGAUCAAGAUUUCAGCUUGGACUGCAUUCUCUUUGCUUUUAUCUGUUAUUGCGGUUCAAAACCCCAAAGUCGCAGCAGUAACGUUUGCCUUUGCAGGUUUCGCUCUCGUCUACAGAGCGCUUUCAUAUUUGACUCCCUUGAACUUUCCAGCGUUUUUCUAA